CUGUGCUGAAAAAUGUCAGGGACACACUGCACCAUGGGUUAUGGUGGGGUGGAGUUACUGUUGGUGCUGUGUGGCCUGGAUCUCUCUCUGCCCUGCCCUCGCCACUGCAUCUGCUACAGUUCACCUAGCACCGUCUCCUGCCAGGCCCACAACUUCCAUGCUGUGCCUGAGGGCAUCCCUGCCCAGAGCGAGCGCGUCUUCCUGCAGAACAACAAGAUCCAGCGGCUGCUUCGCGGCCACUUCUCGCCCACCACCACCAUGUUGUGGCUUUACUCCAACAACAUCUCCUACAUACAACCCUCCACCUUCCACGGCUUUGACCGCCUGGAGGAGCUGGAUCUUGGGGACAACGGGCACCUGCAGGCCGUCGCUUCAGACACCUUCCUGGGCCUGGGUAGGCUACAUGCCCUGCACCUAUACCACUGUGGCCUGAUCACCCUGCCUCCAGGGAUCUUUGCGGGCCUCCAUAAUCUCCAGUAUCUCUACCUACAGGACAACCAGUUAGAGUUUCUGGAGGACGAUUUGUUCAUCGACCUCCUGAACCUCAGUCAUCUCUUCCUGCAUGGUAACAAACUAUGGAGCCUUCACCAAAACACUUUCCGUGGUCUGGGGAUCUUAGACCGCCUGCUUCUCCACCAGAACCGAAUCCAGUGGGUUGACCAGCAGGCUUUCCAUGACCUGCGGCGCCUCACCACCCUGUACCUGUUUAAUAACUCCCUGACUGAGCUCUCCGGAUCCAGCUUGACUCUACUGCCGGCCCUGGAGUACCUACGACUUAACGACAACCCCUGGGAGUGUGACUGCAAGGCGCUGUCACUUUGGGAUUGGCUGCGGAGGUUCAGAGGCUCCACCUCCUCUCUGAUGUGUGUUUCACCACCAGAGCUGGCGGAGAAGGAUCUGAAAACGCUGAAGAAAGAGGAGCUUCCCAGUUGCCUGUCAGGCGAGGCUCACCCACACGGUGCCCCGGGUGGAGAGAUGGACCAUGGAGAGUCUUUGAACCACCUGAAUCGCCACAGAAACCAUCACAAUCACCACCAGCGACCGUACCUGCCCCAUGGGGAUCAGUACAGCUUACCUUCACCCUCCCCCCUGCCGCGGCCUCCUAAGGGAGGCCGCAGAAACUGUACCCGCCGGGGUCGCAAGGCAAAAGGGGGACUCAAUGAGGUGCAGGUACUACGGGAGGGGGGUGAGAAAGACUAUACUCCAGAUGGCGGUAAAUAUGACCUGUCUGGAAAUGCAAGGAGGAAGAACAAGUGCAUCCCCAGAACUUCUAUUGGCCCACCAAGUGGGGUCCAGAGAGCCAAUAAUAAAGCAGGGUCACACUUUGCAGAUUAUAUGUUCUGUCUACCAUCAGCUCUGCUGCUGUCACUCAUCUCUGUCAUCCUACGCUGAGACAGGAAAUGGACACUUUUGUGCUGGUGAUGCAACCUUAUGAUUCAUUCUCCUAAACCACCCUGCCCUGGCUCUUUAACUGAGGCAUGUGUGCAUAACUGUGUGUGUAUAAAAGAGCAUUAUCAAAUAUCUACUGUGGAAGUAUCCCUGCAGUAUUAAGGCAGGGAUUUUUACGAGUCAUAAUCACAACAUGGAAGUCAGGGAAAACAAUUUAGCCCAUUGCUUUAAUGAUGUCACCAAGGAAAACAUCAGGAAAACUUUACAUUUGUCUCUGUGGCAUACAUUGCUUCACUGAAUUCAUGUACUUAUAAAAACUGUACAGCCACAUAAAAAAACAAGCCAAUGAUUCAUUCAAGUAAUAGCGAGAAGAUCGCACAAUAAGGAUCAAAAAGAGUUCAAGGCUUAGUCUCUAUGUUUAGCCCUCUUGACUCAAUAGUGCACCUUCCCUCUGUCACUCUCGCUGAGACAAAGACCGUCAUUAAUAUCUGCCACAUUGCUCACUCAACAGCACCUUAUGAUCCAGAAACAAAAUGCUGCAGACACAAGUGGCAGUAAAAUGAGUCAUCGUACUGUCAUAGAAGUAAUAACUACAUCCGCUAUAUAUCUACUUGUAAAAUUGUUUUACUUGCACGUCUCACGGGAAGGUGUACCAUUAUAAUGCACAUACAUGUAUGUAUCCUUGGCUUUUAGUCUAAACUCCACUGGAGUUGUGACAUAAACUGUAUAACUGGCAAUUCUUAAAACUAGUCCUGUUCAAAGGUGACCGCUGUCAAUGCAUCAACUUAAAAGCCAUUCUGAACCAACCUUUCAUUAUAAGAGCCAACCGGUAAAUGAGCGAGUGAAUGAAUGUCUGUGUCACUGUUUGUACGAGUGUGACUACUAAAAAAAAACUAAAAAAAACACUAAAGCCAUGAGGGUAGAACGACACUAGAUAAGAGUGCCUAAUGAGAGCCAGUGGCCAAUGAGGACAAACUAUGGAGGUAGGGGAUGGUUUCAUUCACUCUUUGACCUCACUGGCUACGAAACAGAGGCGUCAACAAGCCUGAAAGGUCAACACACGCAGGCCAAGGAAGAGCUGAGGCCAGAGCCUGGCUCGCAGAACGUCUGACUUCCAGAAACUGUUAUAUACUUUUCUCUGUAAUGCUUUGGAGGCUAAAGAGGGGGGGAUCCUUCAAGCAAUGAUGAUUCAAUCCAAAUAGUCACAAGAGGUUUUGAAAAUGCUGGAAGAAAUGCCAUCGGGGAGGAGUACUGAUGCCCACCACAACACCACAAUAUAUCUCCUACAAUGGUUUAAUCAACUGCUUAAACUGGAAAACAAAAGAAGUUCAGAAUCUGUGAUGAUCACAACCGGGCAAAGGGACUGAAAACAUUUCCCGCAUUCCUGUCCUUGUCCUCUCUGGUGUGUUUAGUGUGCUCCGAAACAGAUGGACUUGACGAUCUGUAAGCCCUGAUUGGAGAGUUGGAUAUUAAUGCUGCUACGUUCAGAGAAGACGGCCACUUUCUGAGGCUCGGGAUUGUUCUUCAGGAAACAACAAGGACAGAGAGGACUUUGGGACAUGGUGCGGUUCAAGCACACACACACAACCCUUCUGAAGCCCGAUCACCUUCACAGCCUUCCUGUCCCACUGCAAACUACUAACCCCUGUCAGCCCAGGGCUUUCAAAUCCCAGAGCAGAGCACCACAGGUUUUGACUUUAGACCUGAACUAUUUCAGAGUCACUCACCCUAAGUCUCAAGUGCACAACUGCAAUAGGUGAAACCUGUACAGAUACACACGGGCCAUCCGGGUACCUUACCUAGCCAGUAAUGCUUUGUAUUCCAGAGUUCUAUUUUAAGAAGGAGCAGCCCUUGUAUGCAAAAGGAUGACCUAGCUAAAGAGCUGAAAUUAUGACAUGCUGACAAAAAGUACAAUAAAUUAUUAGUAUGGUUUGCUGGCAACCUAAAAAUAUGUGGUUUGGAUGGGACUCAAAGAGCAGGGGCCACAGUUGUACCCUGCUUGUGUGUGUUUCCUGCUGAGCCCUGCCUUUUCGUGUCUAUCUAUCUAAAUGUUGGGGACGAACAGAAGCCUGUCACUGGUGUCAUUCUCCUGACAUGUAGGAUUAGAGACCCCUUCUGGUGAACUUGUUUGUGCUGCUGUGAACCCAGAAGUGAUGUAAAUUGUGUCUGUUUAUUCCUGUGAGGAUGACUUUUUUUAUAAAAAAAAAAACGAAGAAAGAAGAAGAAAAAAAAAAAGAGAAACUCUCCG